AUGCUUUCCCGGGGAGGCUUCCAGCUAAGAAAAUGGGCAUCAAACUGUGAGACCGUUCUAGAGGGCGUCCCGCAUGAAAACCGUGCUCUUCAGCAUUCCAUCGAUCUCGAUCGUGAUCAAACGAUCAAAACGCUCGUUUUGCACUGGGAACCAGCAUCCGAUCGUCUCAAGUACAAAAUCGUUCUACUUCUACCACCAAACGCCGUACUCACGAAACGUCUAACGCUGUCCUACAUUGCCCAGCUCUUCGAUCCUUUGGGACUUGUCGGUCCAGUCGUCGUAAUGGCCAAGGCGUUCAUGCAAACACUGUGGACACUCAGAUACGAAAAUGGAACGGUUUGGGAGUGGGAUCGAGAGCUUAUAUCAAGUCUUCGGGAUAAAUGGAUCAACGAUCACUCCAAUCUUCCUGCGCUUAACGAAUUGAGAAUUGAUCGCUUUGUUCUUCUCCCGAAAUCAGUCGAGAUUGUACUUCACCUGUUCUCGGAUGCUUCCGACAUCGGAUACGGCACCUGUGCCUACUUGAGGUCAAUCGACAACUAUGGACAAAUCAAAAUCGCUCUUCUGACGUCGAAGUCCAGAAUCGCACCUUUGAAAAAACAAAGCACACCCAGGCUCGAAUUGUUUGGAGCUCUACUCUUCGCCGAGUUAUAUCUACGAAUCGCCGCUUCUCUUCAGAUGACGUUCUCUACUAUCUACUGGACUGAUUCCACGACAGUCAUCAAUUGGCUCGAGGUCACUCCGUCCACUUGGACUACUUGUGUUGCCAACAGGGUGUCCAAGAUUCAGCAUGCAAGGCAGCAUUGUACUUGGAAACACAUCGCAGGACUGGAAAACCCGGCUGACGUGAUAUCUCGUGGUUGCUUGGCGUCAGAUAUCAUCUACAACACACUCUGGUGGAGAGGUCCAGAAUGGUUGCAGAAAGAAAAAGAGUAUUGGCCUGUUCCUGGACAGCAGUGCGGAUCGACUGAUAAUUGCAACAUCGAUGACAUCGAUGAAUACGUUGCUAAAUUCUCCAACUACUCGAAAAUGAAACUACUACAUGCUGCUCCUCAACUGAUGGUCAAUACGAUUCGAAUCCGUUACUGGCUCUUGGGCGGAAGAAGUGUGGCUCGGCAGAUCGUACACAAAUGCGUCACCUGUGUACGCGCACGACCUAAGCUCAUCGAACAGUUCAUGUCCGAGCUUCCGGCUGCUCGUGUGACUGCAUCACGACCCUUCUCUAAAGUUGGAAUAGACUUUUGGGAACCAAUCUACAUCCAACCACGGCACAGGCGCGAUGCACCGAUGCCACCGAUCAAAGCAUACGUAGCUGUGUUCGUAUGUUCUGCGACGAAAGCGGUUGUGAAUUUGACUACUGCCAAGUUCCUGCAAGCUUUCCGGCGGUUUGUGGCACGCCGUGGGCUGUGCUCAGACGCCUACGCCUACUCAGACAAUGGGAAGAAUUUUGUGGGUGCAGCGAAUGAGCUGAAGCGGCUUUUGAGAAGCAAGGAACACAAAUGA